CGACUUGUUGUGUUUUCUGUUACUCGCACCGCCAUCUUGUUGCAAGUCGAGUAAUGAAUGUGUGAAGGGAUUUUUUUUUGCGCGGCGGAGCUUUGGAUAUUUUAUGACCGUCUCCGGACCCCGCCGGAUUACACCGCUACCGAACGAGCUCCUACAUCCGCGGCACGGGGGGCCCUCGCUCGCCGUUUUUUCCUGUAACGAGACCUCAUUGUAUCCGGGUACGAGAUGAGUAUCGACACGCUGCUGGAGGCGGCGAGGUAUCUGGAGUGGCAAGCCCAGCAACAACAGAUCACACGUGAAGAAGAGGAGCGACGAGAAAAAGCCCUCCUUUCCCGCGGGGUGGAGCAGAAGCGGCCUGAGGUAGCAACCUCUCUCAUCCACCCCGUGCAGAUCAACCAUGUCACCUGGGCUGACGAGACAAGAGUGGAACCCCAACGCCACCAGCACCAUCCCCCGGCACCGGCUCCACCUCCUCCCCUCCCUCCACCAGUUCCCAUCACCGUCAUCCCAAUUCCCGUGGUUCCGGCUAACCCUGCGGCACCGCCCCUACAAGCCACCCCAGCACUCCACGCUGCUUCAGCCAUGCCAGUGGUAACUCCCCUAGCUACGGCUCUGUCGCCCCCAGGCGCCCCUCUGCUCAGCCCGGUGGGCAAGGACCCACACUCUCCCCCUCAGCAGCCACAACAGCAGUAUCGGCAGCUGCUCAGCCACAUGAAAGCAGAGACCAGCGACUUGCCUCAGUCAGGCAACAGCCCCAAACAGCAGCCGCAAGCACUGCUGCAGCCGUACCCUGCACCCAUUAUCACUACCCAGACAGCAGCCCCAGGCCAGCAUGCUCUACUGCCUCAACCUGCUCUGGCCCACCCUCAGAACACACAACCCCAAGCCACACAACCCACGCGGACCAACGGCACAUCCUUGGAAGAUGCCCGCAAUCUGGAGGGAAAGAGGCGGCCUGGAGGGGCUGGAACCAGGGAGGUGCACAAUAAGCUAGAAAAGAACAGACGAGCACAUCUGAAGGAAUGCUUCGAGACGCUGAAGAGGAACGUCCCCAACGUGGACGAGAAGAAAACGUCCAAUCUCAGUGUGCUUAGAAGUGCUCUGCGCUACAUCCAGACGCUAAAGCGAAAGGAGAAGGAGUAUGAGCACGAGAUGGAGCGGCUGGCGAGAGAGAAGAUCGCCACCCAGCAGAGACUGGCCGAACUGAAGAACGAGCUGAGCCAGUGCAUGGACAUCAUGGAGAUCGAUCGCAUCCUCCGCCAGACUGUCCAGCCUGAGGAUGACCAAGCUUCCACAUCUACAGCAUCAGAAGGUGAAGACAACUUUGACCAGGAUGCAGAAGAUGACCUUUUGUCUUCCCCUCGUCCCUCUGCUGCCCGACCCCACCCGGCUCUGUCCGAGCCCCGCCCCUGCCUGCCCGCUCACCCACCCACAUCAAUCCUCCCCUCACACAUCUCCAUUCAGCAUAAGCCUUCUGCCCCUCUCUCUGUCGCCCCAUCCCAGCCACAGACAGCAGCAGUGACCCCACAGGCCAUUGCCCCGGCUCCACCCCCUCAGCCCACCGUCAUCGCCCACGCCUCCGUCUCGCACGCUUCCGUCAUCCAAGCUGUCAACCACGUUCUGCCAGCUGCCUCCAAACAUCUGGCUCACAUAGCGCCCUCUGGAGCAGGCGGCCAGCCUAUCGGACACAUUACUGUACACCCUGUGGCUCACCUUUACCCGCAGCCUUUGGCUGUCUCUCAGUCGGCCAUGGUUGGACACAUCACGCACACGCUGGCCCAUCACCCCCAGACCCACGGCCAGGUCAACGGCACUCCGGCAGCAUCAGGCCAGCAGGGGGCAGUAGUGGGGAAAACCACAACGAUGGUGGCCCACCAUCACGCAGGUUUAGUUGGGCAGACGGUGCUGAAUCCAGUGACUAUGGUGACAGUACCGCAGUUUCCUGUCAGCACGCUCAAGCUAGCCUGAGGCAGAGCAGGAAAGAACUGUGUGAGAAACUAAGUGGCUAAUUUUGGGUUAGCCUGUUUGCAUGUUGUUGUGUGUGACAUCUCUUGCAGGUCAUGAGAAACAUGCGGAUGCUCCUUGUUGUAAUAAUGAAUGACAGUGGAUACAGCACAGAACUUUUGAUAAAUGUGAUUCGUACUUUAAAUUAAAUCGCUUCAUCAGUGUGUGUGAACCUAAUCGUGUCAUGGCAGUUGGAGUCCUUCUGACUUAAUUAAAGGAGUGGCUCAGCCAAAUAUGCUUAGCUGGCUAACGGUGAAUGAAAGCUCUAAUUAGAGUGAUGUCAUUUUUUUUGUUUUUAUGUUUCUUGCUGGUGGCUCUUCACACGUUGCAAGUUCAUUCACUCUUAGCAUUGUUAGCAUCUCUUACAGAGCUGCACUUUUAAGAAGCUGAGCUGGCUAAUAACAGUGAAUGAAAGCUAGUCAACUCUAAUUAGGAUGAUGUAAUGUAAAGUCAUUUAUUUUAUUUUUAUGUUGUUAGCCGGUGGCUCUUUUCAGCUCUUUUAGAGCUCAUUCACUGUUAACAGCAUUAGCAUCUCUAACAGAGCUGUUCUUUUAAAUAUGGCAGUUAGAGUUCUUUUGACUGAAAUGAAUUAAAGGAGUAGCAAAAAGGAGUAGUACCAAAUAUGCUAAACUGGCUAACAGUUAAUGCAGGAGGCUAGUCACUUCUAAUAGGGAUGUCUUUUUUUUUUUUUAUAUUAUGUUGCUUGCUGGUGCUUCUUCACACGUUUGGAGCUCAUUCACUGUUAGCAGCAUUAGCAUCUCUGACAGAGCUGUUCUUCUGAAGGAGCAGCUCACCCGAACAUGGUAAUGUAGCUGGUACCAACUACCAGCUAGCCACCAAUUAGCAUGUUUAAUUAUUAUUUGCAUAUUGCUACUUAGUAGCGGCUUGUUUUUAUUUAUUAUAUCAGCCUUCUUGACUGUACUCUUCCAUUCAGUACAGAGCUGCAGCAGAAGGGGGUUGAGGUGUAACGGGUCUCUCUUAUUUAACAUUCUAAUAAUGCAUUAUUAACACAUGUAACUGCUAGCAAUGUAUUCACUGUGUUACAGAUGGAUUACAGAUUGUCUGCUUUAGUUUCGAUUGUAACAGCAUAUCCAUAAGUUGUGAGGUGUUAUCUUGUGAAAGAGGCUAAACACUGGCCAGAAUGCUCUAAGCAAGGUGACAUGACUUAUUGGAAAAAGUCAUGGGACACAAUACUAGUUUCUGUGACAUGACUUUUUGCAUGUCAACCCGAUAUGUCUAACUAUGGCAGUACCAUGUACAAGUAUUGAGAUGCAUAAAUGCAUAUGUGAAACCUGAAGUUGUUAACAUCUGUGAGUGAAGAGUGAAUACAUCUCUAAUAGUUACUUUAUUACAUGUGUUAUUAAUGUGUAAUUACACAAUAAUUAGAUACACCUAAAAUAAAGCGGGACUGUGUAAUGCACUUACAGAGCCAAACAAAAAUCACGUAAUCCUGGGCAUAAGUUCUUAGUGAGUGAAUGAGUGGGAGUGCUCAAAGUGAAACGUCUCGUCCUCUGGCUUUCCGUCCUUUCUUCUUCCUCCUACUCGUCCUUCCUCAGAUUAGUUCAAAUAAACUGAAAUUUCUCAGGCAUCAAGCUUUUUCAUCCAGUCGCCAAAAAAAAUUAAUAAUAAUAAAAAAAAACAGAAGCUAGAUUCACAGAACCAUUGAACCACAGAAUCGGGGUUUUUGCAUUUAUCUUGUCAUCUUCUCAAAAAAUCUUAGUAAUAACUAGACCUCAACCUGGGCAAAUGAAGAAUGUGUGUGUGUACACACACUCACCCCACAAAGAAACGUACAAGUGCCUAGCCCCUGGUCUAAGUCCAAUGGCGCCCUCUGCUGCCUAAUCAAGGUUUGAGCUGAACUUGCAGAAGGAUUGCUUGGUUGUUAAGCUCAUGUUCCGUUAUUGAUGAUCAUUUGCUGCCCUUCAAAUAUAAACUUCCAAUGUCUUUUACAGAGAAAAUCUGACCAACCAGGAGAGCUCAUUCAGGAAAGUAUUCAUCUGAGCAUCCAGUGCUAAGAACUGCUUACAAUUUUUACAUUCUAGUAAUUAGAAUGAUUAUUAUGAACGUAUCAGUUAUCAGUUUAUUUUUCUCCAAAGUCUUUUACACGUAAAUGUAGACACGCAAAUGAUGAUAUACACCACUGGACUCAGUUCAGUUCCACAAAAAAAUAAGAAAAAGAAAAAUGUCUUCUUGUUAUGGGCAUUUGUUCACACUGAGAUGCAGCAGUCUGUAGUUGAAAUAGUUGUAGAGUUGUGGCAGUUAAAUUAAUGGAUGUCAGUGUGUAUGUGGUGUAUGUGAGAGCUCUUUACUACGGUAUAUUCCUUGCAGAAUACCAGCCUCCUGCAUAGUUUAUUUUUUUUAAAUCAUGUUUGGUGCACUUGUAUACUUUGAGAAGGUGAUUUUGUACGUAUGACCUUUUUUUUUGUUUGCUUUGUCACACUAUUUUAAUUUUGUAAUUUUCAUUUUAUUUUAUCUUAUCUUCCACUUCAAAUUAGAAGCUGUAUACUCACUCAAACAACUCAACACCUAUUGACGCAGUUUCCCUUCGGGACUUUUGACACUCACCCACAUUUUUACGUGUGUGUUGCGACUACAGCAUGUGAAACUCUACUAAAGGUGGUCCAGCGUACUGUGUCUCAUUGCUAUGUACUAUCAGUUUCAACCAGAACACUGUGAUACCCUGCUUUUAACUUCCAACCCCCCUUCCCACAAAACCACACCAAUCUGAGGCUUUGCUUCACAUGCCUAAGUGAAAAAAAGUGGAAAAGAGCAUUAAUGUGCUUUAUUCCAACUUCAGAUGUGAAAUCCUUUUACUAUAUUUAGUGACGGGAAUAGAGAAAGACAUGCUGUGCUUCAUUUUCAGUAAACAAACAAACAAAAAAAAUAGCCUGACCUUUGUAAAAUUUAGUAGUUUUUUCUUUUUUUUUUUUUUUUUAAAUAUGUCUGUAUGUGUAUAUAUAAAUAUGUGAUGUAUAUGCACGCAUUCACAUAUACGUUUGUGUAUUUUGAAGAUUAUACUGUUGCCUGGUUUUGCAUGUAGAUUGCAAUUUUUGGUUCAUGUUGAUUUCCUUGACACCCCCCCCUUCCCUCUCCUUCCCCUCUCCUUAAUUUUUUGGGACCAUAUUUAAUACUGUAUGAUGUGGUGGGGACCAUUUAGACCUCAUUCUACAUUGAUAUUAUAUAUAAAUAUAUAAAAAUCUGCAUUUUCCCUAUGGAGAAAGUUUAAGUUAUAUAUCGCCUGUACAUUUUGGGCUGCAUUAAAAUCUAAUUGUCCACCAUGUUUAAAAAGAAAGAAUAGUAAUAAAGUAAUGAUGAAAUAUGCUAGAUUAAUGAAAAUCAUAAUGACUAUUCAUAAUAAAUCUUAUGACAUUUACAAGACAA